AUGUCUCAGUCGGGCAGCUGGCAGGGCAGCAGGACGAUAGUCGGAGGACGAAGGACUCGGCAGGACGCGCCAAGGGGUGUGCUGACCCCGCCGAAGAUGCCAAUGCCGAUGCCGAUGCCAAUGACGACACAGCAGGAUAUUCAGGACUCACGGCUCGGAACCGAGGAGCCAGGAGCCAGGACACAGGACACGGGACUCAGGACCCCCGACCCAGCAACCAGGAGCAAACACUCUGGGCCGAGAACACCGCAUGCCUUUGCCACGUUUUCCACAUUUCUCCACUUUGCCGUUAAUGGUUUUAUCUUUUCCUUACUUUCCCCGCUUCCGAACAACCAGCAUGCACACCCCAUAGAUCGAUCGAGAGAGCGAAAGCGAAGGCCCGGCAAACGAAUUCGAACAGCGACCGCAGACAACAGGAGGCCCAUUCGAGUCGAGUUACGUCGAGUUCGGUUCGGUUCGGUUCAGUUCAGUUCUGUUCUGGUUUAGUUCAGUGGAGGCACUACGAUGCUACGAUGAUAUGGGAGUGAGACAUUAGGGACAGCAGGAUGCUAGGCGCCAGGACACCAACCAGAGGUUCAACCAUAGAGUGGGGCAUAGCUCUCCAGGCUCCAGUUUCAAUGCUAUAGCCUCCAUAAACUCGAUGGUUCGUGCACUUCUGACCUCUUUUCUCCAGGCUUGGUCAUUAAGACCCUGAGAAUGCCUUCCAGGCUUGAGGAGACUGUAUAAAACUAUAUGGAUCCUUUA